AUGCCCAGAACAAGAAAAACUCCCGUUCCUGCACGGACACUACGCUCAGACAUAGGCGUAACACUUUAUAAACUUUCGGAAGCUUACAAAACUCUGGAAUCAGUGCUGAAACAGCUUAUAGUCUCGAACCAAGGAGCCAAUUCUGAACAUGUCUCGACAGAGAAUCGUGAUCUAGUCCCUUUCAUACAUUACGCUUAUUGCGAUUUCCUGCACGAUUUAGGAAAACUUGCUUCCAUGGGAGAUCGAGCUACUGGUAAAGCACCGCUUGAUCAGUACUUGCAAUUUUUGAACGAAAUAAAAAGUCAGCUGCAAGACAGAGGCCCGAAUUUUCAAACAUCGCCCUUUAAUUUGAGUAGAGCACAGACACGCAAAGUUUCCGACAAUAAGAAUCCAAAAGUGGUGGGUGAAAUCUGGUCAUCGCCGUCUCACUCUGAACCAGAAGAUGAAAAGGUUGUAUCCAAGAAUCAAUCACAGUUCGUCGUUGACAAAUUAAUCCCGACUGUUCCAAAAGAGUUUCAGACGUUAUGCUUCGACUUGUGGUUUCUGAUACUCCAGCAUAUCGCUCUUUGUUCAGAAGAGAAUGCCGCUGAUGUGUUGACCUUAUUAAUUAUGAAUAUGGAUUUUUCUGGAAACAAUAUCGAUGAUGACGCAGUGGUAAAGAGAGUCGAGAACUUCUUUAAGGUUGUUUCAUCGUUACCAAAGCAAUGGGAUAGUUCACUCAGACAAGCAAUAGGGCGCGUUCUAACUAAAGGCGAUUUUGAAAAUUUUGCUCGUACUUUACUUUAUCUUGAUAUGAUAGACUCAAAAUUAGAGUCGGCGCCCGUCAAAAAUGCAAACAAUACUUGUAUUGGCCGCAUACUAGCCAAAUAUCAUUACGUAUUGCUCUGGCACCUACGGCAUCUUUUAGAACGUGGAUAUGAUGAGAAGAAGAUUCAAGUCAUUCACGAUAGCUGUCAGUUACUAGAAGUGGCUGCUUCACAUGUUAGAAUACUUUCAUCGCUGGAAAUAAUUCGAUGUUGUGAUGAAGUCAUUGCAACAUGGUUUAAGAUAAUGUCAAUGCAAUUGUAUAUGUCCAGGAAGAAAGAAGAAACAGUGCAAUGGGACGAAGUUAUUGAAAGCCUAAAAAGAAUCAUGUUCAUAUUUGGAAAUUUUCCUGAUAUGUUCAAAUACGUUAUGACGAUCAUUUUGGAACGCAUCUUUGCUGGAGCGCUCGAACAGAGUCAACAUCAAACAACAAAUAACAAUGGGUCACUCAUGGAUCUAAAUCAACAGAGGGAGAGCAUAAUGUUUGAUGACACUAAUAUUGCAAAAGAAGGUGCCGACUUUAGGAGAGGGAAUGAUUUACAGAGUAUCUAUGCUUCAGAAGAAAUGUGGGACAUGUCUGGGAAUAGCUAUAAAGAAACGAAAUGGAGAGCGAAAAUUAUUAUGUUUACGGGUGAUCAACCUAAAUGUUCAGCAUUUGACGAGUGUUAUGCCAUGAAUGUGCUGAACACAUGCGAGUUGAUACAACGAUGUUGUUUUUCAGACGAUGAGAAUCUUGAUCGAACAAAGAUGUCUAUUUUCGUGACGUUGUUGAACCGAAAGUUCAGUACGAAUGUCAAAAAGAGAAGUGGAUUAGACCAUUAUCGUGCCAUCUUGCCAAAGAAUACAAAUUCAGAGCGGGAUUUGCUUAUCAAACGAAGUUUCAAUGAUACGCCCAUUCUCUGGCUGCUGCUCGAUUUUAUUUCAUCUGAUCAAGAAUCGUUCAGGAUGUGUAACCACAUAGUCCAUAGCUUAUUGGCAACAAGCAUCGUAUUCUGGUAUUCAGUGAAAGAUCCUGAUCCUCACAAACACCCCAAUGAAUUAGAUUCUGCCGUCCGAAUUAUGAAUACAAUGAGAAAGGCAUGCUGCGUUCCGGCGGGUCUCAAUCAAGUGGGCGAAUUGUUUCCCCAUAUAUCAUCCAUCGAUAUUGGGUAUCUAUUAUUAGAAGCUAUUUUGCAUUUUCUCGAUGAUAAUGUUUCUCGUAGGCGUGAAGCAAAGAUCGAUCCUAUGCAAGUUGAUGAGAAAGAAGGUGGCGAGAAAACAGAAGAUAUGAGAAGAACUAAUCCGAAUGGUGUGAACUAUGAAAAGAGGAUGGAGAAGGUCAAGGCUGUAAUAAGGAAGCAUAUCUCCACAACAGCAAAUUUAGUUCCCUUGUUCUAUUUGUAA